AUGUGGGGGUAUCGGAUGGUGAUACCAACAGCACUGCGACCUAGUAUUAUGAAAGAAUUACAUAGCAGUCACCAGGGUAUGGUGAAGAUGAAGGCCGUAGCCCCCAGCUUUGUUUGGUGGCCUGGUAUUGAUAAAGAAAUUGAACAAAUUUGCAAGCUUUGUGCAAUCUGUGCGGCAGACGCAGCAGCACCUGCGAAGUCAGCACCCCAACCGUGGCCAUACCAUGAGCAAGCAUGGAGUAGACUGCACAUUGAUUUUUUAGGCCCCUUUGAAGGAAGGACGUUCUUUGUCAUUGUAGAUUCAACAACAAAAUGGAUCGAAGCUUUUGUGAUGCAGAGAACUACAGGGACCGCUGUGAUUAAGGUGUUAAUGGAAAUAUUUGCUCGCUUCGGGUUGCCAAAAGAAGUGGUUUCGGACAAUGGGCCUCCCUUUACGAGUCAGGAAGUUGAUCAAUUCAUGACAAGGAGUGGAAUUAAACACACUUACAGUGCACCAUACCAUCCUGCUUCGAACGGAGCCGCAGAAGGGGCUGUCAAGCUAUGCAAACGGGCGCUGCGGAAAGCCACCAAGGAAAAGGUAGAUUUGGAUGUGGCAUUACAGACCUUUUUAUUUAACUACCGAAAUUGUCCGCACAGUACGACAGGUGAGUCACCAGCCAUGAUGUUACAGAAACGAGCUCUGCGCUGUAGGCUAGACUUACUUCAACCAGGCGCCACAGUGGAUCAACGAGUCCGGCAAUCUCAAAGCGAGCAGGUAGAAAGGUUCACUAGCAGACCAUCACAUCAAAUGAAGGAAGGAGAUCCAGUAUGGUUGCAGGAAUACAGCGGCCCCGAUAAAUCGGUGCCCGGAACAAUAUCGGAGGUAAAAGGAAACCGCAACUAUGUCGUUACAAGGGAAAACGGUAUCACCGGUCAUAGGCAUACAGAUCAACUAAAGAAAAUAUUCAAAUAUUGUGUACCACUCGGGACCCAAUUUGAAAACACGGAGGAUAUAGGUAUAGAGGCCCCACAGCCGGUCGAGCUCCCGACCCCGACCGCGCAGGACGCGCCCGCGGCGCCCGCACAGCCCGGCACCAGUACCGACCCGCCCGCUCAGGUUAGAAGCUAUGAAAGUAAAAGAAUUAGACGCCCGCCCGUCCGAUUUGGUUUUGAGAAUUUUGAGAUAGAUUAA